UAUAUACUUUUAAAUAUGAUGAGAAGGCCGUCCAAGUACAGUGCUACCCGGGGAACCACGCCAGGUAACGUGGCACAGGUCUUAAGGACGUCAGCAGCCUCCUCUAAGCUGGUGAUGUCACGGGUUCCCACCCCCCCUCCGCCCGGGGAGAUGUCCAGUGGCCCAGUGGCGGAGAGCUGGUGCUACACCCAGGUAAAAGUAGUGAAGUUUUCCUACAUGUGGACCAUCAACAACUUCAGCUUUUGCCGAGAAGAGAUGGGCGAAGUGUUGAAGAGCUCAACGUUCUCCUCCGGCCCUAACGACAAGAUGAAAUGGUGUUUGCGAGUCAACCCCAAGGGACUGGACGACGAAAGCAAGGAUUACCUGUCGUUGUAUUUACUACUCGUGAGCUGUCCGAAAAGCGAAGUCAGGGCCAAGUUCAAGUUCUCCCUGCUCAACGCCAAGCGGGAGGAGACAAAGGCGAUGGAAAGCCAAAGAGCGUACCGCUUUGUCCAGGGCAAGGACUGGGGCUUCAAGAAGUUCAUUAGGAGGGACUUCCUGCUAGACGAGGCCAACGGACUCCUGCCGGAUGACAAGCUCACAUUGUUCUGCGAGGUGAGCGUGGUUCAGGACUCGGUCAACAUCUCGGGCCAGUCCAACAUGAACAUGCUGAAGGUACCCGAGUGCCAGCUGUCUGACGACCUGGGCAACCUGUGGGAGUGCUCGCGCUUCACCGACUGCAGCCUCUACGUGGGGGGGCAGGAGUUCAAGGCCCACAAAUCCAUCCUGGCAGGCAAGACCCUCAUCGAUUCUCCUCCUCCUCACGUCUCCCCGCCUGCUCCACCUGCACGGGUCCGUCUGCGGCGCUCUCUGGUGACGGUCCCCGCGGGGGCCCCGGGCCCGGUUCCGGUCCGCGGAGCCGCUGUGACUGGGUUACUAAUGAAUACAAAGGAGCGCAGGAAGUCUGACGCUCCGACGGAACGGGCGGAGGAGAAGGAGGAGGCUCCCGCUCGCCAUCCGCCUCUCCCGCUGGUCGUGGCGUCAAAUGAAGCGUGA